UCGGGUCGGCCGAGCGCAAAUGUGCGCUCUACGUGGUGACAGCCGCGUCUCGUUCGAGCUGCUCUCAUCUGAGAUCUCGUUGCCAGAUCACAAAGAACGUGAUUCUGAGGUUCAACGUUCGAUCGUUGAAUCGGAGGGAGAGAUGCGUCCGGCGUGAUGGGCGAACGAAGAAACCGUGAAGGGUAGAGAACGUCUCUACCACAAGUGUGAACAUCCCCUUGGUUUCAGUGUGUGCCUCCAUCGUUCUGUUUCUAUCUCGUUCGUUCGGCCUGUCUCUCUCGUUCUGUGCCUCUGUCUGCCUGUUCUCUCUGUUCUUUCGCUGUGCUUUCUGUCCUGGUCUCACACACACACACAUACACAUAUACACACACAAACGUGUCUCUACCUCUUUCUCACACUUUCUGGUCGUCAUCAUCUCUUUUUCGAGAUCGAGGUGGUAAAAGUGGCGCGAGCACGGGCAGACCCAGCCGAAGACUGGCAGCGUCCAAGGCACUGGCGGAGCUGGUGCACGAGAUCAGGAUGAAAUCGAGGAGCAAUAUAGCUGUAUUGAUUCUCCAUCAAAAUCGUCGAAGUUACAAGGUCGUUAGAAAAGAUACGUUCGCAUAAAGAUCUCAGGCAAAGUUUAUCGUUACUGGUGGAGGAUUGACAGCCUCCGGCAGGGCAAGUCUCGAGGCGAAAGAUUUCGAGAAAGUGAAGGAGUGGACCAGGUGCGAGCUACCAGGAGAGCCUGGCACCUGGCUGUUUAGUGGCUGUUGAUAAAGGGGGGGUGACGGGUAACAGCACCUAAGGGCGGGUGGGGGGAUGCAGCUCGAAAGGGUGGCGGCAUGGAGGAGCCCUCGCUGGAGGCUCUCAUGCAGGCGGGCCUCAUCUUCGUGGUCGGUGUCGCCAUCAUCCUCUCGAAUCUCCUCAUCAUCGCCACCUACCUUAAUUUCCGUGGUCCCUCCGAGGUGAUAAACUACUACUUGCUGUCUCUCGCGUCGGCGGAUCUUCUUUGUGGUCUGCUGGUGGUUCCGCUUUCGGUGUAUCCGGCGCUGGUACGAAGAUGGGUCUACGGGGACAUCGUGUGUCGUCUCGUUGGCUAUUUGGAAGUUACUCUCUGGGCGGUAUCCGUUUACACCUUCAUGUGGAUCUCCGUCGAUCGGUAUUUGGCUAUCAGGAAACCAUUGCGUUACGAGACCGUGCAGACGAAGACCCGAUGCCAAUGCUGGAUGGUCUUCACGUGGAUCAGCGUGGCGAUGAUGUGCUGCCCGCCCCUCCUAGGUUUCCAAAAGCCGAUUUUCGACCGGGAGGCGUUCAUCUGCAUGCUCGACUGGGGCAACAUGGCUGCUUACACCAUCACACUGUCGAUCCUCGUGCUAGGCCCAUCGGUCAUCACCAUCGUCUACACUUACUGCUACAUCUUCACUAUGAUGAGGCGGCUAAGAUCCGGCGUACUGAUACACGACAAGGAGUACGCGACCGCGCUCUCGGAAAACCUGAGCAAUCCGAGUCACAUCAUGUCCUUUGUCCUGGUGAUGGCUUUCUGGGUAUCCUGGGCACCGUAUGCCGGUCUCCGGAUAUACGCUGUCGUUAACGGACCGCCGCAGGUACCGUUUCUUCAUUUCGCGGUAGUGUGGCUGGGGGUGACGAACAGUUUCUGGAAAGCGGUGGUCCUCGGAACCCUGAGCCCGCAGUUUCGAUUGGCGGCUCGCGUGCUCUGUCUGACGUUGUGCUGCCGGCAUAGACGACUUCCGCCCGAGCUGCUCGGCCUCGACGACGACGAUUAAACGCCAAACGCCUACAAGAACAAGAGGGGAAACGCUUUCCUUUUGCGCGCGAGCGUUUUACAACACGCGCCCCAUUCCUAGAGCAUCGCUUUUCAUCUCACGGUAUUCGAGAUCGUUUCUUGCAUCCGCCACCGUUCUCUCGGAGUCCUCUUCGGAGGCUGAGACUGAGAUUCUUUGUUCCGAAAAGUACUACCACGACGUCCACGAUGACAAACGUGUGAUCGAUCCAGUCGGAUUUCCAAAAUGUGGGGUAAAUUUUAGGAAAAUUAUUUAUAAAAUAAGAAUUCUUGUCAACGAAUGUUCGAUAAACGAACGAUCGAAGAUUAAAGGAAAGAAUUCCUUUUUUUUUUUGACCGUUGACAUUUGAAAACUUCAUCUUCACUCUAUCUUCAAUUCAUCUAUUAGAUUGAUGUAUAUAAAAUGUCAUUUUUUUUCUUUUUUAUUUUUAUCGAAUUUUAUGUCGAAUAGAAUAAUUA